GUCGAUCUACAAGCCCCUUUUCUGCAGUAAAUUUAUUUAAAAGAACAACAUGGUCCGUAAACUUAAAUAUCAUGAACAAAAACUUCUGAAAAAGGUUGAUUUUAUUACCUGGAAAGUUGAUAAUGAAGGCAAGGAGAAUGCGGUGCUGAGACGUUAUCACAUACGCAAACGUGAGGACUAUACAAAAUACAACAAAUUGUCACGCAAUGUCCGCGAUUUGGUCGAGAAAAUAGCCAAAUUGGAAAAACACGAUUCCUUUAAAGCAGAGGCCUCAUUUCUGUUGCUCGAAAAGCUAUAUGCCAUGGGUUUGAUCAAUGAAAAACAUGAUUUGGAAGUGGCCAGUCGGGUGUCGGCUAGUUGUUUUUGUAGGCGUCGUUUGCCAGUGGUGAUGGUUAAGAAUAAACUUUCACAAAGCAUUAAAAAUGCCACAGAUCUAAUUGAGGCCGGCCAUGUCCGUGUAGGCACUGAAAUGGUCAAAGAUCCCGCCUUUUUGGUUUCUCGCAAUCUGGAAGACUUUGUCACCUGGGUCGACGGUUCCAAGAUUAAGGAACAUGUUUUGUCAUACAAUGAUAUGCGUGAUGAUUUUCAAUUUUAGGAUUACGGUUUUUUGUAUGUUAUAGGCUAAUAGUUAAUAAAGAAAAAAACAUUUAGAAUA